AUGCUCUCCUCACCCACUGUGAUUCUCCAACCUUAUGGACUCCCUGUCUACCCACAGACAACCACAUGCUACCCAAGCAUAGUCCAGGUAACGUGUCUCUCAUAUCUGAGGGGUGAAUUCCCAAGUAAACAUGUUGAAAAGUGUUUUUCAGUUUAACCAAUUUCAAUUUGCCAAAGGAAAAAAAACAACCACCGGAAACUAAAAUAGGAAAUAACUUGUUACAACAACAGGAUUGGAUCUAUAGCUACACAAAUGUUAUUCUUAAGCAUUUUCUGGUUGUGUAAAAUGUAAAAACUGAACUAAUCAUGAUACUUUUCCCUACUGAUUCAUUGAUUCUGUCCGCCAUAAAUUAAUCUUAUCGGGAAGAAGAAAUCAAUUUAUGUUCAGCAAAAAAAAAACCUUAACAAAACUUUCUGAUCAUGAUCAUUUUACACACUUGGAAGAAGCAGAAAGAUCCCGAUCUUAUCAAUUAAAUACUAAAUUUUAAAUCAUAUUACAGUUAGUGAUUUAAAAAUAUAGAAAAAUAUGUACAUGGGUCUUAAUAGAUUGAACUGAGAAAAAGGUUUAAGUGUGUCAACAGCAGAAAGUCCAGAUGGAGAGAGGUGAAGUAAACAAGGAUUGAAAGUUAUUUAUUUUAAAAUAAGGACACAUUAGACGUGUCAGUGAUGCCACCGGUGGUUAUGCAUGUGUGUGCGUAUGUAAGUGUCCCUGACAUACCAUUAGUGCCACAGUGCAUCUGGUAUGUGUCUACCUUGCCUCUGUGCUUCACACCAGCUGUAUUUUUAGCCCUCCUCCUCUAGGCAGAUAAUCACUAGAGGAGAUUCUGUCACCUAUCUUGUUGCCUGCAGUAAACUCUACUUAAAAUAGGUGUGAAAUCUGCCUGUUGUGCAUCUAAAUGCUGACUGUGUCAGCUGUUAUUUAAUAUUGAUCCCAAAUUUUUGGUUAUUUGAGGAAAAUCACAGGGCUACUUAGAGCAAACAGGUAUAAUCAAAGGUGAUGAAACAUCCCAGCAUGUGUUAAACUUUUGACUUCUUUAAAAUGUUGUAUUUCAAGUACUCUGGACUGCCUCAGGUUUUUAUGACCCAGGUAUGACUGAAGCAGAAUUUACUUGAGGGGUGUUGUUUUGAAAUCUGGUCUCCUGGGACUGUGUCAAAGGUCAAUUUCUGCUUUCUGUCUCUGUCAUCUUAACCUUCUCUGUGCUAUCAGCUAUCUGAUGAAGGAUAUAUUUAUGUCUCCAAACAUGAUUAAAAGAACAAUCACAAUAAAUAGAAAGUUGUAGAAAGUAAACUUGCAGGACAAAGAAAUCUUUUGCAUCACUGAAUCAAGCGAGGUGUCAGCUAGCACUUUAAAACUCGGUGGUCAGCUCUCACAGGACACAUCUGCAGUAAGUAUCACUGCCUGUGUGUGUAAAUCCUGGGACAGCUGUCCCAGCAGGCACCUGGCUCUGAGCCGUUGACCUCUAACCCUGAGCUGACAGCUGAGGAAGGAGACGAGAGAAAGAGGGAACAAAUGGAUAUCAAAAAAAGCCUGUAAGGAGGAGCGAGGGGACACAUUGUAUCUGCCGGCUGACGCUGUGAUACUGAGUCAGACAUGUUGGCUGAUAGUUACAGACUGUGAGAAUGUAAACCUGGAGGAGAAGUGAUAUCUUCUGGAUAAGUUUAUCUUCACUCGCCUGUUCCUUAAUUAUGUGUCUGGGGGGCAGAGAAAGUCAGACAUUGUUAUUUUGAUACAGACAUGUUGGUUUGAUGUGUUUGGAAAACUGGUCCAGCAUGAGACUGUGGUUUAUACCGCCAUAAAUAAAUGGACGGACUUUGAUCAGAGUCACAACCACAGAGAUUCCAGUUCAUACUCCACAAUUAAAAAGAAUGACAACAAAAAAGAUAAAUGCUGCCAUCUGAAGUAUUUCAGAUUUCACGUCUGUCUUGAACUGUAUUACAAAAAACAAACAUACUUUUUUGCCAUACUUGCACUGUAGCCAACAACACGGAAAGAUAGCAGGUUCUCUGUUUAUUUUUUUAUGUUGUAAAGUUUCACAUCAACCUCCAUACUGAUAGGAAAAGUUUUUUGUGAAGAUUCAAGUCUUCCUCAGGUUGAAUUACAAAACUUGAUUAGUCCUCUAGCCUUCAUGUAGUGCUAUCAUCAGGCCGAGAUACUUAAGUUUAUUAACAAAUACAUGAUAAUUGUAUUACUUUUCUCCUCCCUUACUUAGGCUUGAGUGAUUAGCUGUGCUUUGCAUAUUAACAUACUCCAGUACUGCCAACUAGACCUCAUCAGUGGUUUCAGACCUUGACCUGUAUCAUUAUUUUUGUCUCCAAUUCUUUCUUAAUUGUAAAAUCUGUGUCUACAUAGCUCUAAUUUCACACCUCCAGGCGUAGCAUCUAAGUUUCAAUCAAAGUAGACCCUUCUAAAUCCCAAAGUUGGGUGAGAAACUUGUGGCAUUUUGCUCAUAUAGAAAUGCAUGGGUAUAUGUUUAUCAAUCUGUUUGGGGGACCGAUGGAGGGACAUCUAUAAGCCCUUCGUUAGAUGAAUACAUGAACACUAAAUGAUGUGGUGUGUUCCCUUUAGAGACAUUCAUUUUGGAGUGCUUCUUAGCUGUGUUUAUUGUGGUUAGGUAACCAAAGUUGUCUUAGUUCACUUUCACUUACCACCAAAUAUUUACUUUAUUUGAUGGAAUUAUACAAACUGAAUAUUAAAAAAGUGACAAGAAAUGUAGCAUUAACAGCAGUAGACCUAUUUCUAGAUGAGGGGGAUGUACCAAUGGCAGUGUUUAAAAAAUGAACUAUUUUGAGCUGAUAGCAUCACAAAAACGCUGUUAGUGGACACAGGACCCGGGGCUUUGAAGUAAACUCCUUGUCAUUAGGUUACCUAUAGUGUAGAUAAUCUUUGAAAAUGUAGGUGUGAAAGCAAGCCGAAGUUGCUUUUGCUAGUCUUCAUGGAAAGCUAAGCUAAUGAAUCUGACCUCUGCUUAUAACUUUAUUUGAACUAUAGGCUAUUUAAAUGCAGUUUAAUGUUCGAAAUGUUGCAGGUGGAUUUCACCUAUAUAACUGGGAGAAAUAAAACUUUUAACUAAACUUGCAACAAACAGAAACCCAAAAUUCCUGUUUCGAUUGAAAGUCAACCAGACGUCUUUCACUUAGUUUAAGGGAAGUAGGCUGAGAUAUAUUGAUUGAUUAAUGUUCCAGUAAAAGUAAUAAAACCAUGUUGGCCUCUCAAUGUGAUAUUCUUAGAGUCGACCUUUAGCAUGAUGUACAGACAUGCAACUGAAGGAGCAUUUACAUUCAUAAAUACCUCAUCCUGAGCUCUAUCUGCCAUAUGGGCUGAGUGUGUGUGCGUGUCUGUAUGUGUGUUAGUGAGUGUUUAAGGAGGAGGCAGUUAGUGUGAUUGACAGUUACAGAUGACCACAGCUGGUGUGGCCCCCCUUGUCUUUUUACUCUGGCAAUCAUUUGGUGUGAUUGGUGGAGGAGAAGAACUUAUGGUGCGGUAGGCGGGUGGUCAGCUGGCAUUAAAACAUGCUGCAGUUGUUGGACAAUGCUGCAGAGAUCCAGGAAUGCAGUGAGGGGGUAAGACAAUGCAUUGGUUCUUAACUAGAUAGUUUACUUAUGUCAAGUUUACUCUAGUUUACUGUAUGCGAUUGUUUCCGCCUGUUUAUGUGCAGCAAAGAUCUGAUGUGAUUUGACUGAGUUCGGCUGUUUUAAAGAUAUUUUAAAGUUUUUAAGUCAUAAUUUCUGUUAAUCCAACAGAAACUUAUUUGAUAGCUGUCAGGGAGAUGCUAAAGGAUUUGUCUUCAUAAGAAAUGUUUUUUUCUUAAUGUCAUCAAUUCUCUCGAAUGUCAGAAAAUAGUUUGUAAAGUUGGUCAAGAUUUGCCAGAGUUCUGACUCUUUGCGGUGACUUUCUUGCUUCAAAACAAUUGAAACAAACAAACAAAAAAAAAGCCAUGCUGUUCAUUCAAAUGAAAUGAAGUGACCAAUUGUUUUUGUCACAUAACUGUUUGAAAAAGAAAUAAAUAAUAUUCUUUACCUUUGACGAAUCACAGAUAAGUAACUUUACCACAUUGCGGAUAUACUGUAACCAGUAAAAGUUUUCAACAUUUUAUAUGAAGUACUAAAAGUUAAAGUUCACAUUAUGCUGAAAAAUAAGUGUUUAAGUCAUGCUCUGUACUUCAUAUUAUUGGAGUUGGGUUACAGAUGCAUAAACGUGUUUCUGACCUUGAAGUUAUCGGGGUUGAGUUCUGUUUUCAUGCUUUUACAUUCUGGUAUCUGUAUGCUUGAGUUGAUCUAUAAGGUUUAUUUCAUGAAUCUGCAGCAUAAUCUGAGAAAUUUAAUUCAUGCUGGAUAUUUGAAGAAGAAAUCUCGAAUAUUUUUACUCAGACAGUCAUGUUGACUUCCAUGCUGCGUACACAUUCAUGUCAAUCACAGCAAUUCAUUCUAGUAAAAGAAGUUAAACGCGGUGGUUUGUUUGUUUACACCUCAGACGUCUGAUGCUGUAUCUGUCAUCAGUGGCUGAUCUCUCUCUCUCUCUCUCUCUCUCUCUCUCUCUCUCUUUUUAUCCACAGGGAGGCCCCACACAGGAGACGGGGCCUGGCAGCGGCGACCCUGCCCUGCCACAGGUCUAUGCCCCUCCUCCCUCCUACCCCCCACCAGGUCAAGGCCCGCCAACAUCUGCAGGCAGACUACCACCACUUGACUUUAGCUCUGCACAUGCCACUUCAGAGUACGCUGAACACCCACAGCUCAGAGUCUAUCAGGGUACGCAGCACGAUGGGACUGAAGCUCUGACAUCCAGUAACACGGUAAGAAAAAAAAAACCCAACAUGAGAAAUUCAUGCCCCAGUAAAACAUGAUCUUCUCUAAGUUAAUGUGACUAGAGGCCCUGCUGCCAUGGGUUGAUCAUCUAUAGGUCCUAUCAAAGAAACACGGCCAGAUAGAGUUUCCUUCUAUAUUUAGAGCCACACUCCCACUUUGAGGUCCAUGUACGGGAAUGCAGCUCACACUACAACACAGGGGGGAGAAGCAGCUGAGAGGGGAUUUGUUGAUGAAAAUAAAUCCCCACUUUCCUUUUCCCCAGUGUCUUAUUUAGCCACCAAUAAAACAGAUAACCUUUCAAGAUGAUAGACGUGUAGUAUUGAGUUUGUUAAGUGUGUUGUGGAUAUAAACAACAUAACAUCCAGGCUGUAUAUGAUGUUUUUAUGAUUAGUGCAACUGUAAAGUUAAGUAAAGCUUAUUUAUAAAAACAAAACAAAAGCACUUGUACCUUAAAUAAAAAAAAUUAAGUCUAAUUGAUAUUUUUAAGUCAUAAUUUUUAAAAAAUUCACCAUCCUUGUAGUUUGUAAAUGUAACAACAGCCUUGCUAUCAGUCUGUUAAGUUGAGUGUUAAAAUGUAUUAUUAUUAUUAUUAUUAUUAUUAUUAUUAUUAUUAUUAUUAUUAUUAUUAUUAUUAUGUUUUAAAGGGUAAACAUCCGCUACAGCUGUGAGAUUAUUACAACCUGUUUUAGAUAAAAUUGACCCCAAAGUGUUUUCCUCUCAAGCCUGCAUUAAUUGCUUAUAUUGGACUCUGUAUAUUAGUCCAAUUUUGCUUUGAGAGCUUUGUGCAGUUGCUUUAAGAACUGCAGCUCUCAUGGAGACACACAUUUUGUCAUUUGAUGAUCCUUUGACUUCUUGGGGGCUUCUGUAAGGUCAAAUUUUCAGCACAAUAUAAGCUCACACUACUUUAAAAUAGGGAAGAGCAUCUUUGCUAACAUGUCAAAAACUGAAAUUGUAUGACUUGCCAACUUUCAACAUGGAAAACUAUGUUAAUAUGCUAAGGUUAGCAUUUAGCUGAUCAAGACCUCCAGUGCAGCUUUACAGAGCUGCUCGCACGACUUUAGACCUCCAGAAAACUCUUUGGGGAAGCGGCUGCAUUUGAAAACAGGUUGAAAUACUCUGUCAGCAGAUUAAUCUAAACACCGAAAUAAAGCAACUCUCUUGUCGUGUUUUUAAUCUUUGACAAACACCUGUCGUAUCUCCUUCAGGCAGCACAAGGACAGAGGUGUUUAAGUGAGCUUUGAAGCAGGCCAGCUCUUUGUCCUGCUGCUACACAUCUCUUUACCUCCUCUUAUAAAUGGUCUUUUGUGGCCCCAUCUAUAUAUUCUAUUACUAGAGCCCCUGACAAACUCGGGUCCAAGCUGAUUUUCGUGUGGGGAAAGUUGAGACGGCGCCAUGGAGGGAGGGGGUCAAAGGGGGAGGCUGACCAGAUGACCCCCUUUCCCCCUCUGAAAUAUCGCUCAGGUCUAGAAACACUAUUCUGCAUCGUGACAUGACACCACCACCCAACCCCACCCUCUCCCCCCUGUCUCCCCUCCACUGUGGCCUGUCUGUGGUGUGUGUGUGUGUGUGUGUGUGUGCGUGGAUGUGACAGUCUGCUGUCUUCAGUACUGAGCUGCAGCAAGCCAGUGUAGUGUAAUCCAACGGCCUGUGUGAGUUGUGUGUGUAAAUUACUCCUCUCCACGAAUGUGUCUCUUUUUCUGUCUACCCCAAACUUAUUAAUUAUGCCCCUUGACAGAUGACCUUUAACCCUUGGCAGAAAAGCAGCACCGUGACCCCCGACUGACCCUCUUGAAACAUUUAGUUUUGAUCUAUGCCCCCUGUGCCUUCCUCCCAAUCACCCUUUUCAAGCUUUUUGCGCACCUUAUUUGCCUUGUUUUUUUCAUUUGAUUUCACUUUUCACUGCUGCAUCGAGGCCUUUCAGAUUUCUGCCUCUUGGUACUAGAAUGCUAAUAAUCAAGUCUUCACUCCUGCAAAACAAAACUACAAUUUUCUGGCACAUGUCAACAUUUUCCCAGUAAUUUUCCUCUGCUUUUUUUUUUUUGAUGUUCAUUUUUCUUUCCAAUGCACUUCGCUCAUUUUUCUCUUUUUUGCUCUCACUGCUGAAGCUUAUUGUACUUUUUUUCCCUUGCAGACCUUUUCACUCUAAUUUCCUUGUUUGGACUCAUUCUUUUGUCUUAAAAAAACAUUUCUUUAACAUUUCGAUUCUUGCACCGGUUGACCAACACAUUUACAUGCACAUACACAUACAUAUACACAUGCACACAAUAGCAUCGUGGUGCAUUGUGGGUCAGUGAAUGUUUUGGGUUUGGCACUUUAGGCCUUGAUUUUUUUUUUCUGCAUGGGUAAUUUCUGAUAAGCAAUAUUUAAAGAGUUUUAUGUGUAUUUACAGAAAAUCACAACUACUUCAAAAUUGUGAGUAAUUAUAGGCAAACUAGUAAGUCACAGUCUUUCUGCUCUUCUUCUGAGGGGGUGCUCAACUUGACUUAAUCUCUUUGCAACAGCUUGAGUGAGUUGUAGUGUUAGUUUCAGAUGUUUUAAUAUAAUAAAAUGUUAUGGCACAGUGUCUGAGAGGGAUCACUGGUUGCUGAAUGCUCUUUGGUUUGAAUCACUUUACUCUAUGACAAUGAUCCUUAUCUAAUCAUGUGAUGCUUUCAGAAGUUUUCACAGAGUUUAAGACACACUUUUCUGAAUUCACUGUAUCAUCCUCUCCAUCUUCAUCUUUUCUUCUCCACUGAUGCCCUCUCUCUUCUUCUGUCUUCACUUCUACUCUGUUCAUUCACUCUAUUCUUUCUUUUUCUAUCUUUGUUUUCCAUCCUUCUGUUUUUGUUUGUUCUCUCACGUCCACUUCCUUUCUCGUCCGCUCUUCUUCUAUCAACAUGCAUGCAUCCUCUCUAUCUCCUCCCUCUGUUUCCACACCUUCUUACUGUCAGGAGGAUGUUUUGGCCCCUGUGACCUCUGACCCCCAGUCCCUGAGUGUGUCGGUGUCAUCAGGGGGUGGAGCAGGAAGUGGGAGCGAGGAGGAGGGGCCAGGUAAGGCCCAGCCAAAACGCCUCCACGUCUCCAACAUCCCGUUUCGCUUCAGAGACCCAGACCUCCGCCAGAUGUUUGGGGUAUGUAUUUUUUUUAAUAUCUAUCUGAGGCACGACCCAUCAUGAAUCGAACCGACUUGACAUUGACUACUUUUCUGACAUUUCCAGCAAUUUGGAAAGAUCCUUGACGUGGAAAUUAUCUUCAAUGAGAGGGGUUCAAAGGUUAGCAUCACAGACAUUUAACCAUUUCCUUAGAUUUUAAAAACAGAAUAAAGAACAAAACUGUGUGAACUUGCAGGGCUUUGGGUUCGUGACCUUUGAAAGUGCGACUGAGGCUGACCGAGCAAGAGAGAAACUGAACGGGACAAUCGUGGAAGGGAGAAAGAUUGAGGUAAGGAAGAAUUUGAAGAUCAUAUGAGACCUUCUCCUCUACUCAUGAUUAUCCCUAAUCCUGGCUUUUUGUCUCGCUCUCUGUCAGGUCAACAAUGCAACUGCAAGAGUGGUCACCAAGAAGCCCCAGACGCCCCUCGUGAACGGUGAACUUUCAAGUACGACUCUCUUACUUUUUUUUCAAUCCAAAUAGUUACUGCAGUAACUCAAACAGGUCCAGCAGAUCUGUGCGACUGAGAACCCUCACAGAUAUGAAACCUACUUUUGUUUGUGCAGCUUCAGGGUGGAAGAUCAACCCUGUGAUGGGGGCUAUGUAUGCACCUGAGCUCUACACAGGUAAGAUCCUCUCUGAUUUGUUAACAUUAAACCACAGUCUUUUUCAUCCCAUUUGUUUGAAGAGUGUUUUUCCUCCCUCCUACUCCUUAGUCGCCAGUUUCCCAUAUCCUGUAGCAACUCCCACCUUGGCCUACCGGGGCUCUGCUCUGCGCGGUCGUGGCCGAGCUGUGUACAACACGAUCCGCUCAGCUGCAGCUACACCUGCUGCUGUACCUGCCUACCCCGGGUAAGACUCUGCUACCAAGUCUGUUUUAUCUGCCUCAUUUUACUCAGUACUUAAUGGUUUGAUGUUGUAUUUGCUCUCUUUUAUCAGGGUUGUAUAUCAGGAUGGACUGUAUGGAGCAGAAGUCUAUGUAAGUCUCACUCCUAACUGUUACUCCUGAGUUCAUUUGAAGUGUUGCAUCCUUAUUUAUGUCAUUUGUUUUUUUGUUUGGCACAGGGGGGAUAUCCUGCGGCUUACAGAGUGGCCCAGUCAGCAUCAGCUGCAACAGCAACUUACAGUGAUGGGUAGGCAACUCUCUCAGUCCUUGCAUGUAUUUCUCACAACUUACUUGUGACCUGUAGACAGGACAAUAUUGAAGCAGAAGAACUAUUUGUACAAACCGCACUUCUAAUGAAUUGGGAAGCAUUAAAAAAAAAAAAACUUCUAAGCAGUCAAAUUAAAGCUUCUCUGAGGAGUUUUUAGUUGGUUAUAAAACAGACUGACAUCAAUGCUGAUCAUGUGUAAGACCAACAAAAGCAAAGACAAUAUUGUUUUGUAGGUAUUUGCAUGUCUAAAUUGUCACAGGGAGGAGGUUAAAAAUAAUAACGUUAUAUGUAUAGCGCUUUUAAAAACAGAAGUUUACAAAGUGCUUUAACAUAUAGUCAUAGAGCACGUGGAAAAAGACAAAUAAAAACAAAAAGCUCAGUUAAAACAGAAUUGAAGGUCAUUUUCAUACAUAUGGAACCCAGAUAAUAAACAUAAAAUAAGACCAUGAGGACCAAAAUAAAAACAUAAAAUGGUUCAGAAAAAAGAAAAUGCAAUUAAAAGAGGGGUCAAAAGAGGUAAAAGGGGUCAAAGUGGAAACAGUAUAGUAAAUAUGAAAGGCAAUGUCAACAAUGAUAAUAAAAUAAUAACAGGUAAUACUGAUAAUAAAAGUAAUGAUAAAAUAGAGCAACAGAAAUGAACAAGAGACAAAACAAUAAAAGGUCUAAAGGGUUAGUUAAGAAAAGAGUACAAGUAUAAAAAAGGCAAAAAAGACAGUAAAGCUGAAAUAAGACCGAGGUAAAAGAGAUAAGAGAUGACAGAUAAAAGAUAAAAGAUGGCAUCACAUAAAAGCAAGUCUGUAAAAAUCUCCUGCUUAUGUUUGUGUGCAGAUACGGACGGGUCUACGCCACAGCUGCUGAUCCUUAUCACCACUCAGUUGGACCAACAACAACAUACGGAGUUGGUACGAUGGUGAGUACAAACACACGCACACACACACACACACGCCCGUGUUGGAAGCGAUAGUGUUACAUGCACUACAGUCUCUGCUUCUGUCAACAGGCCAGUUUGUAUAGAGGAGGAUAUAACCGCUUCACCCCGUACUGA